UUCCGUCCCCGGCACUUGAUCGCUCUGUUCCUUCCUCCCAUGGCGGUGGCGCCCCCGGCCUCGGAGGUGGUUCCGGUGGUGGACCUGCGCUUACUCUCCCAGGCGGAGAUCCACUCUCUCGCCCUCUCUUGCCCAAACGCCUACGACCUUCGCCGCUCCGACGACGUCGUCAUCCCCAAGAUUGAUCCCGCUAUCUUCAAUGAGAGCGCUGGCAGCCGCAAGCAGACCUACAGCCGUUUCCGCCUCGCACCUCACAAUCCAGACCCCGCCUCACCAUCCACCGUCGCCAGCCGCCGCCCACGUGGCCACUUUUCAACUUCCUCUUCAUCCGCCGCUCCCCUCGAACCCUCUUUCGCCGAAGCGGGAAAUGCAGACGAUGACGAACGAGGGCGCCAUGAGAACCUCAAAAUUAUUUCCUACCUUCGCCAGCUCUUUUCCGGGGAGGAAGCUAGUCCCCAAACCCUACCCACCUCUACCAGCGAUCCUGCCCAGGGAAACCUAAUUAGCAAUAACGCCAGCGGCCCGCAGAAUCUUGAUAAGGGUAACCCCGUAAUGGCUGUGUUGGAGGAUGAAGAUCGUGAGAUCUUGAAUGGCAAAGGUGAAACUGUGGAUUUGUUAGCUUUAGGCCAGAAGGUGGAUCCCUUUACCGAGGUGCUGAGGCAGAGGACGUUAGGUCUGACGACUGAGCAGCAGCUUCUGGACUUCAUGAGUGGAUUUGACGGACAGUGGGGGAGUCGGAGGAGGAAGAGGAGGAUUGUCUGUGCUUCCGAUUUUGGUGAUGACUUGCCGAGGGGAUGGAAGCUGUUGCUCAGUCUCAAGAGGAAGGAAGGUGAAGUCUGGGUGUAUUGCAGGCGAUACAUCAGCCCAAGGGGAAAACAGUUUCUUUCCUGCAAAGAGGUUGCAGCAUAUAUACACACUCUUCUUGGGAAUCCAAAUGUGGGUGCCUCAAGGAAUGACAAGUUAAACACUGACUAUGCUGCAAGUUUUGCUGUUCCAGAAAAUCAUGUGAACGACAAGCCUGGUUGCCCUGCAGUUGCACCAUUUGCCUCUUCAUGUUCUGAGCCUGACAGGCAAAUUAUAUUGUAUGGUGCUCAAAAUCAGAGGCAGCUAUCACAUGAGCAAAAGAGGGCAAAGAGACGUAAACUUGGCAAACUGAUAGGGGAUGGUGUUAUUAUAAAGGAUGGGAAAUUUGAAUGUCAAUUUUGUCACAAGGUCUUUGCCGAGAGACAUCGCUACUAUGGUCAUGUUGGAACUCAUGUGAGAUACCAAGGUUUGAGUGCUGAAGCACUUCUUGAUUAUAACUCAAAAACAUUUUGCAAUCCAGCUCCAGUGGCUGCUCCAUCACAUUAUUUCUCUUCAGCUGAAACCAAGGCUGAGACUUCUAUUCCUAUCACUGCUAGUGAACCUCAUUUUGCUUCAGCAAAUAUGCACCGUCAAGGGGACAAUCAAAUUGAUUCUCGGGAAUCUGAAACUACUAAAAUGCCUUCUGUAGUGAUUACUGAUGAUAUCAAUGUUAUGGAUGAAAAAGUUAGUUCAUGUGUGAAUGGUGAAGUUACAUUUCCUAUUAUGUCUCACGGAAAGGUUGCUGAAGACACACUAAUGACAUCUUCUGAUAAUCAGGUUCAUAAAAUUGAAGAAAAUACAAAUGGUAGAGAUGUCAAAAAUGUGGAAGCUAGUCAUUUCGAGCACGACAAAGUUAGUGAUGUGAAGAACAUUGAAGUUGGUGAAGUAGCACUACAUGUUAUGUUUCAUGAAAAGGUUGCUGAAGACACCCUUAUGACAUCUUCUGAUAAUCAGGAUAGUGAUUAUCAUCAUGCAAUUGAAGAAAAUACAGAUGGUGCUGAUGUAAAAACUGUGAAAGCUAGUCAUUUCAAGGACGGUAGUGAUACAGAGAACAUUGAAGUUGGUGAUAUCAGUAAGGUUGAGAUAUGUGGUGUCAAGAAAAUUGAUGAUUAUGAUUGCAAUGAUGACAAUUUCCAUUUUGGGAAUGUUCAAUCUAAUAGUCUACAGGUCAAUGAUGUUGAUUCCAAACCAUGCUUCAACAUAACAUCUAUAGCCCUUAAUGAUGUGCCUAAUAUAACCUGUGAAGCAGCUAACAAAGUGGCCCAAUUUUUUCCUGAAAGCAUGUCCCUUGAUGGCUCCAAAACUAAUGAUAGCGAUCUUACAGGCAUGAUACCAGAGUCAAAUGUUGACGCCAAUGACGGCAUAGCUAUCAAAACAAACAUUCCUCUCAAUUUUAUGUCAAUGUCUCACAUCGAUGUAGAUAAGACUGUCCUUGGGAAAUCUAAUGGGAGAGAGAUGUCAUCCUCCGUUGUCAUUUCAGAUGCUGAGAAGUAUGGAACAGAGCAUAGGUUAGAAUCAGAAAACCAGUUGAUUACCAUCCCGUCAGCUAAUGGUCCAAAUUAUGCCAUUGGGAAAGAUGCUACUGAUACACAUGUAAGGAAUAUCGAAGAGAGUUACCUUGUUGAAAUGGUAAAAUCCUGCAGAAAAAAUGAAUUGGCCACUUCCAAUGUGUUUACUGUUGAAGAUAAUGCCAGAAGUAUUUUGCCAUUGGACUUUAAUGCCAGUUGUACAGACAUGCCAUUUGUUAAUAGAUCCAGUGGUAAUGUUGAUAGAAACAGAGUGCGAACAUUUGAUAUUGAGAUGAAGGAAUGCAUGCUUGGAGAUAUAGAUGAGCCCAAUGUGGAACUAGAUAUAUGUUUUAAUGCUUCCAGUGCUGCAAAUGAACAUAUUGCUGCAAAUAAUUCCUUUCAUGAUAGUGAAAAUUCCUUGGGAUUUGAUUUCUCACUCGGUUCUCCUUGGUUGCAUUCCUCUGAUCAUAUUCCAGAUGUUGACAUGAACCCUGAUCAGCAUGGGGAGGAUUUCAAUGCUAAUAGCCAGAAGUCGCCAUCCUGUUUUACUCAGCUGACAUUAAGCACAGUUGACACUUCCGAGUUUGAUAAUUUGACCAGACAAGAUUCUAUUCCCGCACAGCCACCUAUUGAAUUGCACUAUGAGCCCGAACUGGACCAUGCUUCUGUUCAUUUAGGCUGGGACAUUUCCUUGCAAAACAGCAUGUACGAGCUGACAUCCGUCUGCGUUUGGUGCGGCGGAGAGUUCCGCCAUGUAUCGUCUGCUGCAAAUUCUGGAGAAGCAUCUGAUACACUUGGGUUCAUAUGCCCCACAUGCAAAGCAAAGAUUUCAGGUCUCUAAGCGUGCUAAAUUAACUAAACAAAGCCAUCAGUUAGCAAAUAGCAGUCAAUAAGUUUUGACUUGCCUCAACACACUACCUUACUUUUCUUUUACUGGUCUCUUGUGCAAGUUUCUUGUCCCUCUCUAUUCGUCUGCAUUUAGUAAACCAGCACCGCUUCUUUGAAACUAUAUCUUUUUAGGGCAUUCAGAUACUUGUUAAUGUUAUCUGAAAUCGAAUCAUUGCGUUUGUUAUUCUGGUCUUUUUUUCUUGCAGUUGCUAUCAGAAUUUUGCCUUGUGU